UCUCUGAAAAAACAAAGUCCCUUGCCGUUAAAAAAGCUCAAAACUUUACAUAGCCAUACGACGUCGUCAUGAACCUGCCACCGCAUUUCGAAAGUUAAAACCCCACACUAACAACCGACCACCGCCUUCAGAUACGACGGUGAAUCUCUCUCUCUCUCUCUCUCUCUCUCUCUCUCUCUCUCUAUUCACAAGAUUUUUUGUGCAAAUCCCUUAUCACCAAUCCCUGCAUUUGCGAUACCAUGUUCCCUUUGAAUCGCAUAGACCGACCCACCAAACCUAACUCCAAAAAGACCUAAUUUUUGCACUCGUUAUAGCUACCCAAUAGCUUUUUGCAAUCUGGGUCGAACCCAUUUCGUUUUGUGCUCUCUGGGUCGAACCCAUUUCGUUUUGUGCUCUCUGGGAUCUUAUGGUGGAGAAAGCAUGGAGGAGAUUGAAGGGGUGAAUUGUUGUAGUGAAAGUGAAAGUAGGAGCUCCAGUGUGACUCGACCUCCCAAUCCCAACCCACCUUCGUAUCGCCAAUGCAAACUUGUUCGCCACGCUUCUCUCAUGAACACGAAGUUGUCUGAUGUAUCUGCUGAGCCGGAGCAUGUAACUGAAGAUUGUCAGUCUGAUUUCUUUCCAAUGCUUCGUUCUGGAGCUUGUACUGAUAUUGGAUUCCGGUCAAAUAUGGAAGAUGCAUAUGUUUGUGUUGACAAUUUUAUGGAGGAUUAUGGACUCAAGAACCAUAUAGACGGACCCAGUGCUUUCUAUGGGGUAUUUGAUGGACAUGGGGGAAAGCAUGCUGCUGACUUUGCUUGUCUUCAUCUGCCAAAGUUCAUUGUUGAUGACAAAGAUUUCCCUAGAGAUAUUGAAAGGAUAGUUGCUUCAGCAUUUCUGCAAGCAGACAAUGCCUUUGCAGAAGCUUGCUCUCUGGAUGCCGCACUUGCAUCUGGGACCACUGCAUUAGCUACUCUUGUUAUAGGAAGGUUGCUGGUGGUGGCAAAUGCAGGAGAUUGCCGAGCUGUGCUGUGCCGUCGUGGAAAAGCAAUUGAAAUGUCAAGAGAUCAUAAACCAGGUUGCAACAAAGAAAAGAAGCGUAUCGAGGCAUCUGGGGGGUAUGUCUACGAUGGAUAUCUCAAUGGACAACUUAAUGUUGCUCGUGCACUUGGUGACUGGCACAUGGAAGGAAUGAAGAGCAAAGACGGUGGACCACUGACUGCAGAACCAGAACUUAUGACUACAAAACUGACUGCCGAGGACGAAUUUCUCAUCAUUGGUUGUGAUGGGAUUUGGGAUGUAUUUCGGAGCCAAAAUGCAGUGGAUUUUGCUCGGCGCAGGCUUCAGGAGCAUAACGAUCCAGCCAUGUGUAGUAAGGAUCUGGUUGACGAGGCUUUAAAGAGAAAAAGUGGAGACAAUUUGGCUGCAGUCGUGGUUUGCUUCCAGCAGCAACCUCCUCCUAACUUGGUGGCACCACGCUCUAGAGUACAACGGAGCUUCUCUGCUGAAGGUUUGAAGGAGUUGCAAAGCUUCCUGGACAGCUUGGGUAACUGAGUUGGUACAACUCCUUCUGCUUUAAUUUUCUUUUUGAGGUGAGAAUUAAGAUUCAUUUGUAAUUGUACGUGCAGGCUGAGAGGAAACUUUGACUGUAACAUAUGCGGCAUCUAGUCGACAUUUAAUUUAGUCAUUGGAUAUUUAGAAUUACUGUCAUUGCUUUAUUCUUACUACAUUUUUUGCAUGGUAAAAACCAAUCAAUACAUAGCUUCAGGGCUUGUGUGGUUCUCACUUCUGACUAUGAGCCAUGAGGGGCACUUCCUUUGCGGUUUCGUGUGAUGAAUGAUAGUUGCUCUUUUCUUUACUUGGUUAAUUGAAGAUUUUAUCAUUUGAGGGUCUCA